AUGGAGGAAGGCAAAGGAGCAUUGGCUCAGAGCAUGAUCGAUGCAGUCCACGAGAUGGCUUCCAUUUCGGGUUACAGGGGCACCACCAAGAGGCAGUGCGGCAAUCUGGCCAGAAUGCUGAGCCUGUUGACCCCAUUGUUUGAAGAGAUUAAGGACAGCAAGGAGUCCAUGCCCGAAGGGACGAUCGGAGCUCUUGCCUCGCUCGUGGAAGCCUUGAGUUCCGCAAACGAGCCGCUGAGGUUCGGCACCGUGGGCAGCAAAAUUUAUCACCUGGUCUCAGAAAGGGAACAGAUUAUGAAUAAAUAUCAUGAGGUCACCUCCCAACUGGAACAAGCUCUAAAUGGAAUUUCCUAUAAAAACCUGCAAAUAUCCGAUGGAGUCAAGGGACAGGUUGAGCUCGUGCUUGGGCAACUUAGAGGAGCUAAAGGAGGAGUUGACUCACCUGAUGUCGACUUGAAUGAAGAGCUCCUUGCCCUUUAUAACCAGAGUAGUGACACAGCUCCAGAUCGAACUGUCCUAAGGAGAUUGGCUGAAGAACUAAAGUUAAUGAAGAUUAAGCAGGAGUCACUGGCUGAAAAGCUAGAGAUCUUUGUCCUUUGUGCAAGUGGUGGAGAUCCUGGUGAGAGCAUUGAGAGGAUAUCGAUGUUGCUGAAGAAAAUUAAGGACUUUGUGAAGACAGAGAACCUUGACAUGGGUCCGCCUCCUGGCAAAGAGAAUGUUCUUCCCAGUUCCAGUGGGUCAUCGGUCGAUGGCAAUAAAGAAACACCGGUCAUCCCAGAUCAUUUCCGUUGCCCAAUAUCCUUGAAGUUGAUGAAGGAUCCCGUUGUUGUGUCAACAGGCCAGACCUAUGAGCGCUCGUGCAUUGAGAAGUGGCUGGAAGCGGGCCAUAGGACAUGUCCAAGGACACAGCAAACCCUUUCCAGCACAACUCUUGCACCCAACGGUGUCCUUCGGAGCCUUAUAGCUCAAUGGCAUGAGGCUAACGGCAUUCAGCCACCUAGACCACCAAGCAGCUCUCGACCCACCAAAACUAUCUCAGCCGCCUUCCCUGCCAAAUGCGCUAAGAUUGAACAACUUCUGUGCAAGCUUGGUUCUGGGAAUCCUGAGGAACAGCGGUCAGCUGCAGGUGAGAUUCGCCUUCUUGCGAAGCGUAAUGCAGAUAAUCGCAUCGCCAUCGCUGAAGCAGGUGCGAUUCCCUUCCUCGUACGCCUCCUUUCAACUCGAGACUCGCGCAUCCAAGAGCAUGCCGUCACUGCACUUCUCAACCUUUCAAUAUGCUAUCAGAACAAAGGUAAUAUCGUCUCCUCUGGAGCCGUUCCAGGCAUAGUCCAUGUUCUGAGGAAUGGGAGUAUGGAAGCACGGGAAAAUGCAGCGGCCACUCUCUUCAGCCUCUCCGCUGUAGAUGAGUAUAAAGUGACACUUGGUGCAUCUUGUGCAAUUCCUCCACUCGUGUUGCUUCUCGACGAGGGAACCCAAAGGGGGAAGAAGGAUGCUGCAGCAGCUCUUUUCAAUUUGUGCAUUUAUCGAGGUAACAAAGGGAAAGCUGUUAGGGCUGGCAUUGUACCUACACUGAUGCAGCUUCUAACUGAACCCGGUGUGGGUAUGGCGGAUGAGGCACUGGCUGUACUGGCAAUAUUAGCCAGUCAUACAAAAGGGAGGGCCGCCAUCGGUGCUGCAAAGGCAGUGCCGGUUCUUGUAGAGAUUAUUCGUGUUGGUUUUCCUUGGAACAAGGAGAAUGCUGCAGCUGUACUGGUGCAUCUUUGUGCUGGAGAGCAGCAUCAUCUGUCAGAGGCAAAGGAACUCGGAAUCGUGGAGCCACUGGUGGAUUUGGCACAAAACGGCACAGACAGAGGGAAACGAAAGGCUGCUCAAUUGCUUGAGCGAUUGAGCCGUUUCGUUGAGCAGCAGCAGGAAGGCUCGGGCACAGGCCGAAGCCGAGGUCGAGGUUCAGGUACAGGCCGCAACCGAGGCUGA